UCUUCGAUGGCUUCGUUUCUUCUUUUGGCGAUUUUAGCAUUUGAUUUGGUUCUAAAUGUUUCUGCCAAUGCGGAAGGGGAUGCGCUGUAUGCAUGGAAGACCAAGUUGGUUGAUCCUAACAAUGUUCUCCAAAGUUGGGAUGCUACCCUUAUAAAUCCUUGCACUUGGUUUCAUGUUACAUGCAACAGUGACAAUAGUGUGACCCGCAUUGAUCUUGAAGAUGCAAACCUUUCAGGUCCACUGGUUCCCCAGCUUGGUCAGCUCUCAAAUUUGCAAUAUUUGGAAGUCUGUAGCAAUAAUAUAUCAGGAACAAUUCCGAAGGAGAUUGGAAAUUUGACAAACUUGGUGAGCUUGGAUCUUUUCUUCAACAGAUUAAGUGGCCCCAUCCCAGACACGUUGGGCAACCUUCAAAGACUACGUUUUCUCCGUCUCAACAAUAACAACUUAUCAGGAAAUAUUCCUAUGUCUUUGACUACCAUUGCCUCUCUGCAAGUCCUUGAUCUCUCAAGCAACAAUCUAACGGGAGAUAUCCCAAUCAAUGGCUCCUUUGCAUUUUUCACUCCCAUGAGUUUUCGGAAUAAUCCAGGAUUAAAACCUCAAAAGUUCCCUCCACCUCCGCCAAGUUUUCAAAUUGCUCCAACUCCUUCAGCUGGAGGGCCGUCUUCUGCAUAAUCAUCUCUCCAACACCAUAAACUCUUGCCCAGCUUCUGCCUAUUAUCUCUUGAUUCUGGGCUCAUAUUCCUUUCAAUUUGAUACUAGAGAGAUUGUUACCAGAUGAUGAGCUCCUAGUUUGAUAAUUUCUUUGUUUUUUG